ACCGGUCCACCUGUUAGUGUUAAUCAAGAUGGCGGCGAAACAAGGUCCCGGGGCGGCGGCGAAGUUCCGCAGCAGGUCGGCCCCCAUACACCUUCUCAGGGCCAGGAAGAGACAGUCUCCCGAACUUCUGCCAGAGUUCGAGCUGACCUUAAAGCCUGGCGACAAAAAUGCGCGUGUUUUGGAGCGUAUGCUGACCAAGACGACUCUGUCAACACAACGGGCCUCCCACUACAAUGUGAUGUCUGUAGGUACUGAUGUGCUGAACACCAUGCUGAGACGAGCACAUGCAGAGAAGGAGGAGGCUGUGAGACAGGCGAUAGCGGAGGCUGAGGCCAGGGCAGCCAGGGAGCUGAAGGAAGCACUUGAUGAGGCAUUAAGGGAAGCAGCAGAGUCCAAGAGAAAAGCUUUAGAUGAACAAAAACAGUACUAUGAGCAGCUGGCCCAGCGUGUUGCAGAGGCCAGAGACAAGCUGGAGGCAGAGAGGAUCGCUAGCCUCACCAAGAAGAUGCAGAGAGAGAAGGAGGAGGCACUGAAGGAUGCAUGGGCUAAGGCUGAGAUCAUCAAGAACGAGGCCAUAGCAGUAGCCUUGGAGGAGCAGAGAAAAAAGCUGAGGGCAGAGGCAGCACUGGAGAGGGAGCAGGCAGUGGCAAAGGCACUCACUAUAGCAAGGCAUAAACAUGCCAUCAAACUUGACGAGGCAGUGGAGAGAACCAAACGGGAAUGUGAACACAUCGCCAGUGUGAGGGCAGCUGCUGUGGCCAAAGUUUAUCAGUCAGAGAUUAACAAAAGGGAACAAAGAAUAUCUGACUUACAAGAUGACCUGGCGGCAGAACACAGGAGAAAGCUGGAUGUGGAGAAAGACUUUAAGGAACUCCAGGUGGAUUACAUGCGUUUCCUGGACCUGACUGACGGACAGUACCACUCAGACUACAUGGUGAAGUACAGGUGGCAUGGGCGCAUGGCCGGGCAGGCAGACAGCAGGGUACAGACAGACAACCUCAACAAGAGAAAUGCCUCCACAGAACCAGGGGACCCGCUACAUGUCUUCUAACUACAGCACAACAGUGGGCAGUAUUUUUUUGCACACUUGUGCUCUGCUUUGAAAUGCUAAAAAUGUGUGUACUGCACAUGAAGUACUUGUGCUCACCAGUAUACAAUGUGUGGGACGGGUUAGGUUAAACCAUGUAUUUCAAAUGAUGACUUGCUGUGUAUGAGAAUUAGCAUUGGCAAUUAAAUGCAUGGGAGUCAAUCCUUCCAAUAAGAGACUAGAUAGCAAGCACAUGUAUAUACAAGCUUAGGUAUUCAGUGCAGCACUUUCUAUUGCAGUAUUCAACAUGCAUGCCUUGUGCAGGUCACAAAUGCAUGACUUUUUUUUGCAAAGUGAUUGUUAUCUUCUAAAUGAUGCUAGAGCUUCACCUAUGACAAUCAAAUGUGUUCGCAUGAUUGGUGUGUAGAUGUCUCAUGCUGUUCCUAUGGAUGCAGAGAUUUCAGUCAUUCCAGUGUUAAUGUUCAUAAAGAAAUGGUGCUACAUGUAUAUGUUGAGCUGGAUGACAGUAUUUUUCAUUUGAAAUGCAGUGAUGAUAUUCAUAGAUGACUUGGAUCAUAUUUAUCAUGUUAUCACUAUAUUUAUAAUUUUUUGUACCACUUCCACAUUGUGAAGUAACAUUUACAUCUUCCAAAGUUUUGCAUUUUACAGAACAUGUCACAUGGCAAGGAAGAAAAGAGACAUUUUUAAAACUUUCAUGCUAGAUGGAGAAAAAAUAUACAAUAUACUGUGCGGUAUUAUUGCUGUUUCUUAAGUUAAAAAGUCAGGAGAUGUAAAUUAUGUUGACAGAAAAUAGUGUGAAAUUUCUGACAUAAACUAAGAUGUUAAAAUUGUAAUAAAGUGAGAUUUUACUAACUUAAGACAUGCAGUCUCUGUUGUUGCUGUGUUACAGUUGCUGUCAUUUGUACAGGUACAAUGUAUAUAUUAUAUUGUACACCAAAUGAAGCUGUUCUACAAUCUGCACCUAUCUUUAUCUAUAUUAAUGGGAUCUCUUUGAACACUGAAGAUAUUACCAAUUGGGCUACUAGUAUACCGGUAUGGUACAGUUCUUCGAAAUUGCUCCCAGAUUUUCUUAUACAUGUAAAUGCAAAACUACUACUAAUAUUAUUAAUAAGGCAACUGUACCCUGAAUUAUCAAUCAUUUGUUGCUAAAUAUACCUAAUCAACCAUUUAUUGCCAAAUAUACCUAAAUAAUGUUAUACUUGCAUAAAACUAUAAUAAUGAUAACUAUAAUAAUUCGAAAUUUACCUAAUGUGUAUUUUCCACAUUGGAAUAUUGUCACAUAAUCAUAUUGAUACAUAAUAAGUACAAUAUUGAUGUUGAAUCUGCAUGAAUUUCCACAUGUAUUGCAUCACAUUCUCUUGCAUAAAAGGUAGCUAACUAAAUUCUGUACAAUUCACCAAACCGUCAAUUCAUUUCUACAUAUAUUGUUAUGUACAAAUCAAUUAUUAUUUACCUAAAAUAGGUAUUUGAUACAUUGUCAAAUUGAAUUAAAUAAAAUUGAAAUUAAAUAAAGAUUAGAUGGAAUUAAACAGGUUAUAUGCUAUACAACAGAAUAACUCAUGAUAACAAUGAAAAGCCCAGUAUGGAUAUUUCUGGUCCUUGCAAGAUAUCUGGCUGUAUAAAUGGCAUUUGCCAGUGACAACAUUUCCCUAUAGAAAUUCAGUAACUUUAGAAUGGCAAGUUUGCAGUGACGACUACUUCUUGAGUCUUUAGGACUCUGUGAGUAGAGCAGAGGUGAUUACUAUAGAGACCACUAGGAAAUAUAAAAAGUAGCAGUGCAACAGUGAGAGUGUUUGUAUUGCUUUUUGUGGAGCUGUAUUCAAAAGACAUAAGCAUGUGGUCGCUACUCAAUAUAAAAUAUCAACAUGGAAUUUUGUUCUAUCAGGCAAGGUGUAGUUCCAAAGUUGAAUUCCACUAUGAAGCCAUCUAAUACUUGGCAAGGCAAGUCCUCCAACAACU